CGUCUCCAAAGUGAGGAACCGGCCCAGCAGCUGCGUCCACAAAGCUCCCAGCCCCAUUCGCUCUUCUCCUCACCGACCGAUCCGAUCCGAUCCCCUCUCACUUCUCUCGCUCCGGCCAGCGCCGCCGCCGGCCGCUCCCAGCUCCGGCCGCCUACGCGCUCUCACAUUCCUUUCCUCUCCCUCUACCAUAUGGAGCCUAUCAAACCCACGGCCACCCUAACAGGCAAGAUCCGCGAAUCUGCCGACGACGGAGAUGCGGCGAGCGGAACUAUCGGCAGCCUCCCGUUCCACCUCACGGAGAAGAUCCUCGGCUGCAUCAGCCCGCUCGAGUCGGUGCGGUUCGCCGCCGUCUGCAGGUCCUGGGCGGAGAUCAUCUCCGAGCGGCUAGCGAGACCCACCCCGCACCUGUUCGCGCUCGAGGUCCUCGACGAGGGCCUCCGCGGGGCGAUCUUCUCCAUUCCGAUCGAUGACGGCGGGGAGGACUCGCCCGCGCCGGUGGUCCCGGCCCGGCUGCCGAGCACUGUCAGCGACGCGAAACAUUUUGAGCUAUGUGGCGUCCUGCCCAGCGGCAGAAUCUCCUUUGCGUACAAGAGCAGCCUCGUCCUCGUCAAUCCCGCCACCGGCGCGGUCCGGGGCAUUCAGACGUACGCCCAUCGGAUCAUGUAUCCGACUGAACCUAUGUUUUGCAGCGGCGCCGAGGCCUUCUUCAUUGGCCAGAGUUUCGGGAGGAACUUCUCUCUCUGGUGGUGCACGGAGGGGGAGUGGUCCGAGCGGAAGCUGCUCCUGCCUGAAGACCUCAAAUGUGCCGACGACAUUGAUCUAGUGGCCUACAGCGACGGCGUCUUCUAUGCCAUGCAAAUUUUCGGCUCAACGUACACCAUUGACACUCGUGCGCCGAUGCCGUGGCGCCUGACAAGGCUCAGUGUGCCGAGCAUUCGCGAGCAGCUCGGAGACCGCUUCAUCCGGAACUUCCACCUGCUCGAGUCGGAAGGGGAAGUCAUGUUUGUCGUUCGGGUGCUCGCAACACAAGAACCCGCAUACUCCAAUUCCUUCGGUGGCUAUGAGGUGUAUAGGCUAGAUGUCGAGGGGGCGCGAUGGGUGAAAGUGGAGAGGCUUGCUG